AAAAAAUAUUAUUAUUGAAAAAUCGUGAGGUGUAAUACAUCACAACAACAAUGUUAAAAAUUAUCACUAUAAGUUGCGUUAUCGUAGCCAUUUCCCUCAACUUCCCAAAUGUAAAAGGUUUUAAUCCGUUACCUCCCAAUCUAUUACCGUAUAUUAUACCAAGACAACCUUCAUUUAAUCCUCCAAUAAACAGUGAUCCUCUGAAAAUUAAUCCUCCAGUAGACAGUGACAUUCCAAAUCUUAAAAGUGAUGCAUCAAACGUAAACCUUGGCAUUGAAAAUAUUUUAAAAGAAUACCUAAAAAAAGUUCAGACCGAUAAUGCUUCAUGCAUUAAACUCUUUCUCAAAGGACGUGAGACUAUCAUUCAAUUGUCAUCGGCUUUUAAUUCCUGCUUAAGAAAUAGAAAUGAAACGCUUUCAGUCAAUACAAACAUAAAAAGAUUGAGCGAUCUGGCAAGUAAUGUGCAAAAAGGUCUAACGAAAGAUGUGGAUGAUACGUUACAAUAUCUGCAGAAACCUCUCAAUCUAACUUCGUUCCUCAAUAUAAUAAACAGAGGCUUAGCUGAUGUCGAUGGACUUCUUGGCAUUGCAAUAUCUGAAAUUCUUACGGUUUAUCCCUUCAAUUUGAUCCCUCUUCUCCCUGAUGUAAUAAGAUGUUACGAAAAUUUAUCUCAUCAAUUUAACCUUGAAUAUUUCUGUGGACUUCUCGCCGAUACGGGACAUUGCAUUCAAAGCAUUAUGCAAAUAUUCACAUAAAUUAUUCAAUUAAUAUGUGAGCGCUCACUCUAUAUUACUGCACUAUAUAUAUAUUAUUAUAGAUACAUAUUAUUGUUAUGAAUGUUAUGAUCAAGAUUCUUUUCUUUAUAAUAUGCAAAGCACUAUAAGUAAUAAUAUGCACAUAUUUUCAAAAAUGUAAACAGUUAAUAAAUAGCAUUAAAAAAUA